UAAUGCACAUAUUCAACCCCUUGAAAUGUGUAAAACUUUAUUUCAUUUUUGUAUUAGGCUUGAAGCUGAAAAUAACUUAAGAGGACUAAAACAAUUUAGUUUUAGCAAUGAAUAGCAUUUUAAAUCUUGAAAUAUUUUAAGAAUAUCGGGGGGAAAAAUCUAUAUUUUUAUUUUACCCUCAAGGAACAAAUUAUUUAAUGCAGAAAUUAAAGCUUAAUUUGAGUUUUAAUUUAUGAACCUAUUUUUAAAAUGGGGGGGGGGGGGGUUAAAAGAAUUUCUCAACUAAAAUACCAUGAUGUUUGUAUUGUGUAACAAGCUCGAUUUGGUGAGCAUUACAGUAUUUGAAGGAAGGUGCUCUUAUUUAUUUAGGGUUUGGGGAAAAAGCAGGUACUUUGUUUUCCAUCCAUCCAUCCAUUUUCUACCACUUGUCCCUUCCGGGGUUGCGGGGGGUGCUGAAGCCUAUCUCAGCUGCAUUCGGGCGGUAGGCGGGGUACACCCUGGACAAGUCGCCACCUCAUCACAGGGCCAACACAGAUAGACAGACAACAUUCACACACAAGGGCCAAUUUAGUGUUGCCAAUCAACCUAUCCCCAGGUGCAUGUCUUUGGAGGUUUUGUCUGUUUAAAAUUCAUUUUGAAUGAUGAAAUGUUAUCUGCAUUUGAUUAAAAGCCGUUUCCCCCCAUUUUAUGUUGCAGCCUUAUUUCAAAAUGGAAUAGUCAUUUCUGUCAAUAUUCUACACACAAUACCCCAUAAUGACCGUGUGAAAGUUUUUUUUAGAACUUUUUUGCAAAUGUAUCGGGGGAGAAAAUAUCACAUGUACAUAACUAUUCACAGCCUUUGCUCAAUACUCUUGUUGAUACACCUUCAACAGCAAUUACAGCCUACAGUAUUUUAGAAUAUGGUGCCACAAGCUUGGCACACCCAUCUUUGGGCAGUUUCACCCAUCCCUCUUUGCAGCUUCGAUGCACACCCAUUUUCAGAUCUCCCCAGAGAUGUUCAAUGGCAUUGAAGUCUGGACUUUGGCUGGGGCACUCAAGGACAUUUAUAAAGUUGUCCUGAAGCCAUUGUUUUGAUAUCUUAGCGGUGUGCUUAGGGUGGUUGUCCUGAUGAAAGAGGAACCGUCGCCCCAGUCUGAGUUUAAGAGUGCUCUGGGGCAGAUUUUCAUCCAGUCUGUCUCUGUACAUUGUUGCAUUCACAUUUGAUUAGUCUCCCAGUUUACCGCUGACAAACAUCCCCACAGCAUGAUACUACCACCGUUAUGCUUCACUGUCGGGAUGUUUUUGGCCUGCAUGGUUUCCUCCAAACAUGACGCCUGGCAUUCACACCAAAGAGUUCAAUCUGUCUCAUCCGAACAGAAAAUGUUAUUUGUCAUGAUCAGAGAAACACUGUGCAUGUGCAAAAUAAAACGUUUUACUUUGAAUUGUGCAAAAGUGUGCAAUAAUAUAGUCUGAAAUGGAUGUGACUAUGUAGUAUUUUUGUAAACCAUAAUGAAAGUUGCUCCAGGCAGUCUUCAAUAAUUUAUUGCCCAAAAAAUGGAUUUGCAUUUGAAUUGUGAUUCUUAUUUAAUACGAUUCUCAAUUAUUUCAUUAUUGUAAUAUUCACAUCCCUAUUAAUUUUUCUUUUUGUGUCAGUCAAAUUCAUCAGGAGUAUAAUAGAGAAUGUUUUGUGUUGCGUUUUCUGAUUAUGUGUGGUCUGGUUAUUUGUAUAUUAAGUUGCAACGACUCAAUGGACUUAUGUCAUUUGCAAACACAACAAGAGGGGAAUAUGGUGAAUGAGAAUCAGAUCUAUCAAUGAGAUUCUGAGUUUGGUAUACAUUGUGGGAACAUUGACUAUUUAGAAAAUACUGUGUUGAGUCAGGCUACAACCAAUUCUAAUUUAGCUCCCUAAUGGUUACACUUGAUUUGUAUUUCAGAUAAGACAACAGUUCAACAUACACAUAUAACAAAAUAACUACAGUAUAUAAACAUAACUUCCGGGUUAAAUCCCGAGUCAAAGGCGCAUGUGCGGACUAAUCCAACGAAUGACGUCGAAGAGCCGGUUCUACCUCAGUGACGUCAUGGCAUUCGGCGCCAUACCACUGGCGGUGUGUUUAAAAAAAAGUUGGGUUGGAGCGCUAUUGUGGCGAAAGUCACCUCCAGUUCGUGCAAUCUGCUCCCCAUAAGACAUUUUGUUCUGGAAAAGAGUUCAUUCCAAAAGACAGUAUGCCAUUGCAGGAUGUCUGCUUCCUCGACGUCCAGGGUUCCAUGCUGUCCAAAGGGGACAAACGGAAGUGGAGUGAGACUCAGGAGACUGAAUGCACCCCAACAGAGCUCAUACAACAAUGGUCACCUGGACACAAACUGCAACGCUCCAUGUGUAAAGGGAAAGAGAACGGCUGCAAUCACUUUGUCAUCUCCCGGAGGUCAAGAAAGAGGAAAGAAUCAUUGUCGGGGAUUUCAUGGAACAACCUUCCGGAGGAGUUGAUUCUCAGGAUCCUCUUCUUCCUCCCACUGCACGACCUCCUCAGGACAGCGGUCAUCUGCAAGCGCUGGCAUCGCCUAGCGUUUGAUGAGUCCCUGUGGCAAAGUGUUGACCUGGAGGGGAAGACCAACAUGGGUCUGGCUCUGCAGCAGGUGCUGAAGACAGGCGUGCGAAGGCUACGCUGCCCUCGCUCUUUUAUAGACAACCUGCACGUCACGGACACAUGCACACUGCAGUUAGCUGAACUGGACCUAUCCAGCUGCAUUGUCUCUACCUCAGCCCUCGAGAGCCUCAUCAGUCGCUGUCAUCUGUUGGAGUGUCUGAGUCUGGAAGGUCUGCAACUCUCUGACACCAUCAUCAGUGAUCUGGCCAAGAAUCCACGCCUUCUGCAGCUCAACCUCAGUGGAUGCUCUGACUUCUCUGCCAACACACUCGCUCACAUGCUACAGUCCUGCUCAAGAAUAGAGCAACUCAACAUAUCAUGGUGCAGUUUCGACAAUAAUCAUGUGAAGAGUGUCGUUGAUCAUGUGACCCCCAGUGUGACACAGCUCAACCUCAGUGGAUACAGGGACAGCCUCACGCUUGAUGAUCUGAAGGUGUUGGUUUCAAGAUGUCCUGGCAUUCUCACUCUCGAUCUCAGUGACAGCACUCAGCUGAUGGCCGACUGCUUCCCCGUCCUCUCGGCGCUGGACCACCUGACGCACCUGUCCUUGAGCCGCUGCUACCACAUUCACAUCGCCGCCCUCACCAACCUCAGGAAAACCUUCCCAGCGCUGCAUUACCUGGAUGUGUUCGGCCUGUUAAACGACAGCCACCUGCCCUCGCUGAGGAAGGAAAACCCCGGCGUUUGCCUCAACUCCUGGCCCUUCUCCGCCGUCGCCCGACCCACGCCUGCAAGCGUCUCCGACGGGGCCGGCGCCCACAGCAUGUGGAGCAGGAGGAGUCGACUGAGGUUUAAAUGAAAGAUUUUAAACUCUACGCCAAAAAAAUAAGUGAGGUUGUCAAAGCAGAAAAUGUCAAUUUAGUGUUGAGUGUUUACGAUCGAGCGAAAGCAGGUUUUUAAAAUACUUAACUUGAAUGUUUAGUUUUUUUUAAUCACGUCCGUUCAUGAGUCUAGCUGUGUGACGUUUCUACUGAAGCAGUGUUUGGUACGGGAAAGAGAUGAGGAUUUUUAACCUGAUGUUUUAAUCGGUGUUGACAAAGUUUAUAUUUUUGAUAUGGAGCUUUAUCCUGGCCUAAACUUGUCAUUCCAGAUUGUUUUCACCCGACUUUAUUUUUCUACAAUAAAUGAUUUGCAGCUAAAA